AGAUGUUCUCUGUGACACUUCCAUGGAACAAGCCACAAUCUAUCAGACGAUUCAUCGCUCUCGAACUGCUUUCUGUGGCACGCUCAGAUUGAUGGUCCACACUUUUUAGGAAGGGGAGGGUCCCAAGCAUCAUUCUGCUGUCGAAAAGCAAAACUUCUGAGAAACUGAAGGUCCAGAGAAAAAUAACGGGAAUUCCUGAGAGAGGUACUGGAUACAGCGGCAACUGGGAAGACGUUACAAGUUAUGACAGCACAGAGAAGAUCAAAUAAGAGCUUCACCCAAUCUUUAUCCGUAGCUGUUGCCAAGCGUCCCUCUCUGACACCUAUCUGACUGCGCAUAAGAGUAAGAGAGCGAGCGAGCGAGAGAGAGAGAGAGAGAGAGAGAGUGAGUGUGUGUAAAAGGGAAAAGCCACAGGCUGCACACAGCACAUUGCUCUGGAGUUUCAGAGGAAACCGGGAUGAAAUGAGAAAGAUCUGAGGGUUGUUUCCAGUCAAGAGUAUUCCUGCCAAGAUCCCGGAAGGGAGGAGGAAACUUAUUGACUUCUUUUGGCUUCGAUCUCGAUACGAAGGUGAGGUGAGAGUGAUUUUCAUCCAAAGGAGGUGCAGACUGUAACCUUGUGGACUGCUUCUAAUCCUUCAGAAACAAAAGGGAGACAGCUGCGGAUGGAUUGGGAUUGGGACCCUUGGGCUUUUAAGAGAUUUUUCUGCAGUUUGUUGUUUAUGCAUAUGUAAACUGAACAUCUGCAGAUAUAUACGGAUUACGGCUCAGCACAAUCUGCUGUCAUCGAUUUGCGGCGACGGAGCACUCGGAGAAACACAUCAGCUGUAGUCUUGUCCCUGACACUCGGAGAAAUACUGCUGGGACCUGCAAUUUCACUUCUGCUGUCAAAUAAGAAAUUUAUCACAGCCUAUCAUUUCUGACACGCUGUGCCGUAAGACUCCUCUCUAGAAAAUAACAGCCGACGGCUGUGCUUACAGUCCUGGGGAUCUGAAAUAUUUAAAGCCGGGAACGAUGCAAUUAACGAUUAAUGAAAAAUGAAGCAGCUGUUAUCAGUAUGCGAAGGCUGCCAGCAUUCACUUGGAAAACUGCGGGAUUGAGUUAAAAGAGAUGUUUCUCAAACGAUCGUGACUGACAGCACUACCCGGUUUGCCGUCUCACAAAGUGUAUCCUGUGGAUUACAGUGUUUGCUUUAGGUUGAAUUGUUUCCUUUUUCCCGUCUAAUCAAUUUCUCCUCGUUUCGAGGAGCGGCACCCUAAUGAAUCAAAAUUAGACCUCGGGGUCAAACUUCUCAGAAUUCCCAUUCCGGUGCAUCCGAUUGCUUUUAUGGAUCUUCGAAGCUCGGAUAAAUCCGCUGGCCUGUUUGAUUGAACAUUCAGUUGCUUUCUUAUUUUUCGUCUCUGCUUAUCAGUAUGGUCCCACCUCCCCCUUCCAACAAGCCACACGUUUGCCUUUCGUGUGUGCUUAUCAUGAGCAGCAUGGCACUGCUGGAUGCCUAUCUGGUGGAGCAGAAUCAAGGUCCGAGAAAGGUCGGCGUCUGCAUCAUGGUGCUGGUAGGGGAAGUGUGUUUCCUCAUCGUGCUCCGAUACAUAGCGGUCUGGGUGGGCGCGGAGGUUCGAACCGCUAAGCGAGGCUACGCCAUGAUCCUCUGGUUCUUCUACGUCUUCGUGCUGGAGAUCAAAGUCUACUUCAUUUACCAAAACUACAAGGCGGAGCGUGACAGGGUGGACGCACUGACCUGCAAAGCUUUAACGGUGCUGCUCUCAGUUUUCGUGCCAGGACUUUACGUCACGCUGGCGGCCAUCGACCACAUGGAAUACGUUCGGCCAAUCAAAAAGAGGGAGGAGCUCAGGAGUCGAUUGUUUUGGGUUGUGGUGGAUCUGUUGGAUAUUUUGGAUAUUCAAGCAAGCCUAUGGGAACCUCAAAGGAAAGGGCUCCCUCUAUGGGUGGAGGGUCUUACGUUUUUCUAUUGCUACAUAUUGUUGCUCAUACUUCCGUGCGUGUCGCUCAGCGAAAUCAGCAUGCAGGGUGUGAACAUUGUGCCGCACAAGAUGUUGCUGUAUCCUAUCCUCAGUUUGGUGGCUAUUAACGUUAUCACGCUGUUUAUACGAGGAGGAAAUAUGGUGUUUUACAGAGACGUACGAGUGUCUGGAAUACUCAUGGGUAAGAACGUUCUGGCGAUCGUCCUAAAGACCUGCAGCUUCGUGCAGUACCGCAGACAUCUGCAGGAGGCGCCGGGGGCCGCUCUCGCACCGGAACUGCAGAGGGACGCGGUGCCGCAAAGUUCAAGAGGGGCGGUGCCGGUCGCAAUGCCCAUGCCUGUUACCAUGACAACGCCACAGGUGGUCAUACAAGAUCUGACGACACUUCCAGAAGAACCUGAAUUUGAGGACACAUGACCAAAACGGUCCAACUGGGAAAGUUGCGUAACGCACCCCGUGAACUACUUGGAGUUCUGCGUCGUGAUGUUUGUGAGAUGUGGCUGAUAAGAAAAAAGCUUGAUAAGAUGAUAACACAUUUGGGUGAUAAUGAAACUGGAGUCAUAUUCAAAAGAAUGCAGUGGAUGGAACGGAAAACCAUUAGUUGAAUUAAUUUGGAGAAAAAUUACACUUCAGAGGAACUCAAUGACCCUAUGAUUGUACAAUCACAGAUAACUGUGAAUAAUUCAUCAAGGUGUUAAAAAUGUGUUUUUCAUUACGUUCUGCAUCUAUUUUAUUUGACUUCUCCAGUAAAAGUGGUGAAAUUAUGUAUCAAAGAGACAACUCAGGCAGAAACGCCAUUAAUUUUAAAAGUGAAUGUUUUAUAUUUAAUGGAUGUAUGCCUUGUGUGUUCUUCGUUUUGAUGUUUUAUGAAAAUUAGAUGAUAUUUUGUUAUUAAAAUGAGUUUUUGUUUAU